GAUGGACUGUCAUGGCCGCCGUCGCUGUGGUUCCACAGAGAGGAAAGGAAGAAGGCAAAUGUUUCUGUUGUGUAUUUUUUCAAGCCGAACAUUGUUUUUAUGAUCCUGGACGUAGACGGGACGCCGCCUGAACUUCCAUCGAGUUCAUAACAUUGUGGUCACACUACACACUUCCUUUCUUCAGAACAUUGGUUAAAGUUUUCCCAAGGGAGCACAGAAGAUUUGCAACAAUGGAAGAAGAUGGAUUACCUUACGACUCUGGAAAAAACUGCAGCAUAUCAGUAAUAGAGGAUGAAAAGGAAAAAGUAAAAGACUUUGUGUAUAAACAUUUCAAAGAGGUAACAGAUGGGUCGCUCUUCAAUAAUGCAGAAGAAUCUUCCAUCAAGGAGCAUGGGACUUGUGCUAGAAAAGAUAAACACACUCUUAACAAAGCGCCUUGUAAAAUUCAGCAGGGGGCUGUGUUCUCUGGUAAAAUUUUGAGUUUUGGAUGCUCAGUGUGUAGUGAUAACUGCACUUUUAGCCCCAAUGAUCUUCUUAAGCACUUCAGAGCAGUUCAUAGAGGAAUCCUGCCUACAUACCCUUGUGAUUUAUGCGAUUUUGUCACAAAUGAGUUCCCUGCUCUUCAGCGCCAUCGGAUUGAGCACAGAAAUACCCUGGUUACUUGUGAGCUUUGUAAUGAUGAUGUUCAGUACUCUCUGCUUUUGCUUACCAGACACUACAUCAUGUGCCACAGUCUAAAUGGACAGUUCAGCUGUGAUUGGUGUGAGUUUACAACUGUGGAUGCAGGGACAUUUGUCCAGCAUAUCCAUCAUCAUAAUGAGAGUCAUUGGAAGUGUUUGAAAUGUAAACAUAUCAGCUUGAAUGAGGAGGAUCACCAGAAGCAUAUGAAAGCUCACAUGGGUACAUUUCCUUUCACGUGUCAGGUCUGUGGAUAUGGCGCAGCCAGAAGUGAGUACCUUAAAAAACACAUGGUAGCUGUUCACAAAGAAGUUACUGAAAGAAAGAAUGCAUGGAAGGCUAUAGAAGACAACAGUUCACCCACAAAUUCAUCUGCAAACUUGAAACUUUUGCUUAAAAAGACUGGGGAGUCACAGGAUUCUCAGCGAAUAUCAAAAGUGAAUUGUCUUUCUGGGAGUUUACCAAAUCAAAAUGGCAAACUAAUCAAGGCAGACAAAUUCUUAGAGGAGAUCCACCACUUUGUUGAUGGGACUGUGGGAAAAAAUGACAAAACUUUGAGCAAAGGUAAACCAGAACAGUCAACACCAGAUAUGUUAGAGGAAUGUGACAAUCGCCCAACCUCUGAUGCUGCAAGUCACAGUGGUGGUAAUGGACUGACUGUUCUAAUGGUUAAGAACAAAAUCUCCCUCCCUCCUAACUGUACAACCAAAGUUAUGGGAUUCAAGAUGGUUGAUGGCAAAAAACAUCUAGUUCUCAAAGUAAUACCAACAGCAAAGCAGGAUGUGUCCUCUCAGAACCAUUCCGUAACUGAAGGUAUGAGUUUUUCCACACAAAAUUCUGUGUUGGAUAAAAGUAAAAUCUCUGAGAAGGAGCUGUGCUGUGAUAGCAAGAGCUCAACACCACAGUGCUUAGCAGUUUCACCAAGAAGUGCAUCUUGCAUACAGAUAAAUCAGGAUAUUUUGGCAGUUAAAGUUAAAAUUGAGGAGGAGGAAACAUCAAUUUACACAGUUACUUCCACUCCACAUAUUGGCAGUGAACAAGCAAAUGCUGUGUUAGAUAGCACAUUAAAUUGUGCAGAAGUCUUUUGUCCCACAGUAGAUCAGUUGGAUGACGAGAGUGACCAAAGUCAUCCAAAUGAAACAACCUCCAUGGAAGAAAAGAACUUGAAAAGUAAUUCUCUUACCCCAAUUUGCAACCAUAGUAGAAGCUGCCAUGUUAUUUCCAGCCAUGCUGCAGAAGUGUGUUCUGAUAAAAUUAGUGGUUUAUCUUCACCUUCAAAGUGUGCUCAGGAAACAUUGCUUUCCAAACCCAUCUUUAGAAAAAUUGUCAAGGACUGUGGAGUUGUAAAUGAGCCUUCAAUAACUGAUGGCAAUUGCAACCUAAAACACAAAGGGAGUGCUUUUAACACUAUGGAAAAUGGACAUACAUCUUUCCACAUUACUCCAGAAAACGAUACGUUUAGAACUGAGAUGAAACAUAAAAACAGCCAGCAAAAUGGAAAACAAAUAUCACAUCACUUAUCACAACUGUCUCCACCUACUUCAGUUUGCUGCAGAGAAGAUGCCAUUGGUUCAGAGAAAUGUGGUCAGAAUUUGCAAAACCAAGAAGUAUUUACUUUUCACAAUUAUUCCAAGGAAGCAUUCAACAUUUCAACAUUAAACACUACCCAAGAGAAUAAUUCUGAAAAUAAAGGGCAUAUCUCUGAAGUGCCACACUUUAGCUUGACAUUGGCAGGGUCCCCAAAACACUUUACAGAAAGUGCAGAUGGUGACAUUGUAGUUGAUGAGUGUAUAGCUAGUGUUGAUGGUCCUACGACAGAAGAGAAUUCUGAUUUAGUGCUCCAAGACUUCAAUAUUGUCAAAAUUGAGGAAGAGAGCAUUCCUAUAUCUAAAAGACAGUCAGAAACUACAAAUAGUUCAACAUCCCUGGGCAGUUUUGUGGAAGAACAUUCAGAGGCAAUCAUUACCCAACAGCUUAACAAGGAAAGAACAGGAUCUUUAAGUGCAAACAAUGAAUCUUUAAAACAAACAAAAAGGACUCUGCGAAUUCUUCCGUUGCCAGACGCUGAGCAGCCAGUACUUCUGACUAGGGCUAGUGAGAAUCAAUUUGCCAUGCCAAUGCAGGUCAAGGCCACUCCAGGUUUCAAACUUCUAACCAAUUCUGCAAAUCCUCAGAUCAAUGUAUCUUACAUAGAAAGUUCAAGUAAAACCACAGAUACAACUCUAACUCCAGACAGCAGGAGGGUAGGUGUACAAGCAGCAAAGCCUGGAGCUGUUGAAAAAGGAACAGCUCUUCUCACUGCUGUUCAACCAGGUGUUGGCACCAGUUUAAAUCACUACCUUAUCAACAGUGCAGGUUUUAAGGGUUCUGUACUCCUUUCAAGCACAUCACAAAAUAGUGCUUCAGACAAAGCUGCAAAGGCACAGCCAACGUGCUACUUGGUACAGAGAUCUGUCCCUUUUGCCCAGACCCCCAGUACUCCUAGUCUCAGACUGGCAAGUGCCCAGCUCCCACUGAACUCACGGCCAGUGUUGGCGAUGCCCCUGAGUUGUUCAGACAAACCCAGUACACUGCAGACUGGUCGGCAAGCAUUCUUGCUCCGAUAUAUUUCACAACCUAAAUCAAGCCUGCUCCUGAACAACCAAGAACCAAACAAUGGAACUCAUUGUAGCCAGACCAGUGAGAGCUCUGGAAACAAAGUUAUAUUUAAAAUUGUCACACCCACUGGUAGCCUUCUUACAAAUGGCACUCCCACCUCAAAUAGUCAACCUUUUUUUUUGGCCACCAGACCUCAGACUCAGUGUUUCCUGGUGUCAACAAACAAAACUAAUGCAACUGCUUCCAGUGGAGUAAAGAAGUUGAUCACCAUACAAAAUGCCAAACAGAAGGAAGUCACUGAUUCUUGCAUUUCACCCUCUCAGAUAAAUGUAAAGGCACAACAACUGCGUGAAGCAGAGAAACCUAUCCUAGCCCCAAGGCCUAUUCGGCCUCCAAGCCAAAGGAAAAGGCGCAGGAAAGCAUUAUUUGAUGAGCUUCCAGGAACAGUACAUAAGUCUAGAAGAUUUUCGAAUAAAGCACCAACUGAGAAAGAGACUGUAUUAUGGAAGCCUGUAGCCAAAGAGGUGGAACGGACACUUCGACUUGCCCCAUUCAGUUCUCUACAGCAGAUCAAAUGUCCUAGUAGAUACCAGCCUGUAGUGGUCCUCAAUCAUCCAGAUGCUGACAUUCCUGAAGUGGCCAACAUCAUGAAGGUAGUAAACCGAUACAAAGGUGCUGUCACUAAGGUCUCUCUCUCUCAAAAAACAAUCCAAGCACUUUUAGAGCUUGGUGCCCAAGAUAAGAAUUCCUUGACCAAAGGCACAUUUCAUAUUGAUGAUCCAAAACCUCGGCCAAUUCAGAGUUCUGUCCGGGAACGAUUCCUCCUUAAAUUGAAACUAAGGAAAAAAAGCAAAAAAAAGUAUGAGGUUAUAAAAACUUUGUCAGGUUGCAGACAAGAGCAAGUCAUGUUUGACUGCUGGUUUUGUGGGCGGCUCUUCAGCAAUCAAGAAGAUUGGAUUGGCCAUGGCCAGAGGCAUCUCAUGGAGGCAACUAGAGACUGGAAUAAAUUAUUCUGAAUGUUUUCUACCACUUUAAGAUGUGUAGACAUUUUGUCUCAUGUGGAACUGUUCUGCUGCUGGCUGUAUCUUGUAUAUUUAUACAUUAGCCUACAUGUUUGUUCAUAUUCUCUGUAAAUAUAUAUUUUUUAAGUGAAUUACAGUUUGUGUUUUAAUAGGUGUAUAUUCUGGUAAAUGAUGUACUGCAUGCAUGAUUUGCCAUGCAUGCACAACUGUGAAAAUGAUACACUGUAAUUAGGAGAACUGGCUGAAGGAAAGAAACAUGAGCAAAUAUUGUAUGUGGAGUUGAGUUCCUCAGGUAAUUUCAUAAUUAAUCUGGUUUGUUUUGUGUGUGUGUAU